GAACAAGUGUCAACUAUAAUCUCACGAGAGCGAGGCUGCCGCAGUAGCGCGCCACCCACUGCGUGCCCCAGUGCAUGAUGGGAGACGCCUCGCUGUCUGUAGUUGUAAUAUUUAACCCUCAAUGGUUGACGGAGCUAACAGCUGGAGCUAACAGCUGGAGCAAAACUACUUCAGACGGAAGUGACUCGGCAUCGGCCAUUAUUUGACUUCCUGGUGUUUCCAUGGCAACAGUGUCUGAGGUGAAUCCCUUUCUGUAAUUGGUCCUGACCGGCGAAGAUGUCAUCAGUGAAGGUGGAGUGCGUGGUGAAGGCGAGUGCUCUGAUUGGUGAAGGGCCGGUGUGGGUGGAGUCAGAGCAGACGCUGUUGUUUGUCGACAUCAGUGGGCAGAAAAUCCACCGCUGGAGUCCAUCGACCAAUCAAAUCGAGUCUUUUGAAACAGGUGAGACGGUGGGCUUUGUGGUUCCACGCAGGUCAGGUGGUUACGUUGCAGGUGUGGGCCGCAGCAUCGUGGCUGUUGAUUGGUCAACUCAGAUGAUGACAUCAUUGGUGGAGGUCGAUGAGGACAAAAAGAACAACCGCCUAAACGAUGGGAAGGUCGAUCCGAUCGGACGCCUGCUGGCAGGUACAAUGGGGAAGGAGAAGCGACCUGCUGAGGUCCAGAGACAACAAGGGUCUCUGUUCUCUGUGAACUCUGACCUUGGCGUGACCAAACACCUGAGCCAGGUGGACAUAUCGAAUGGAAUGGACUGGUCUUUGGACCAGAAGACGUUUUUCUACAUCGACAGUUUGUCUCUGACCGUCGACGCCUUUGACUACGACUCACACAGCGGACACAUCGGUAACCGUCGUGUGGUGUAUCGCUUGGAGGAGGGGGAGGGGCUUCCUGAUGGGAUGACAGGUGACGCUGAUGGUCGUCUCUGGGUGGCCUGUUACAACGGAGGACGAGUCAUCCACAUCGACCCUGUUACUGGUGUGCGGCUGCAGACCAUCUCUCUGCCGGUGAUGAAGACAACCUCCUGUUGUUUUGGAGGUCCAGAUUACUCUGACCUCUACGUGACCUCAGCCAGUCUGGGCCUCGACCAAUCAGGAAAAAGACAGCAGCCGCUGUCUGGAGGCACCUUCAAGGUGACAGGACUUGGGGUCAAGGGUCGGCCUUCAAACUCAUUCUCUGGAUGAUCACCAAUCACAUCAGAGGUCACGUGUGGGAAAUUCUAAUGAACUGGUUAUAUCUAUUGACUUAAUGCAGUUUAUAGCUGUAAAUAAAUAAAUGAUGAAGAGACAACGAAUCAUAAACAAGGAAACUGUGACUGAGAUUCAAUAGCCAAUCAGAAAUGAGGAAAUCAGAAUCAAUGAAGUAUUGCAUACUCUUAUAAGUACCUUUUGAAAAAUGUGUGAAAAUAAAAGUUGAAGACUU